CGCCUGGCGGAUGGCACGCAUGCGCAGUGAGCCGCCUGUUACCUGUCAGCGGCAGAGAGGCGGCGCGGCGGGAUGGAGGGGCUUAUCCCGCUUGUCAACCGGCUGCAGGACGCCUUCGCGGCGCUGGGCCAGAGUUGCCUGCUGGACCUACCGCAGAUCGCGGUGGUGGGCGGGCAGAGCGCCGGCAAGAGCUCCGUGCUGGAGAACUGCGUCUCCAGGGAUUUUCUUCCACGAGGUUCUGGAAUUGUAACAAGACGACCAUUGGUCCUGCAGCUCAUCACUGCCAAAACAGAGUAUGCUGAAUUUCUACACUGCAAAGGGAGGAAAUUUACUGAUUUUGAUGAAGUUCGUCAGGAAAUUGAAGUAGAAACAGAUAGAGUAACAGGAGUGAACAAAGGCAUUUCUUCAGUUCCUAUAAACUUAAGAAUAUAUUCUCCACAUGUAUUAAGCCUGACCCUUAUUGAUUUGCCUGGAAUCACUAAAGUGCCAGUAGGGGAUCAGCCUCCAGAUAUUGAGCAGCAGAUCAGAGACAUGAUAAUGCAGUUCAUCUCUCGUGAAAACUGUCUGAUACUGGCUGUGACUCCAGCUAACACUGAUUUGGCCAACUCGGAUGCACUGAAGUUAGCUAAGGAAGUGGACCCUCAAGGCCUUAGGACGAUUGGUGUGAUCACAAAGUUGGAUCUGAUGGAUGAUGGAACAGAUGCAAGAGAAAUUCUAGAAAACAAACUACUCCCUCUUCGCAGAGGUUAUGUCGGUGUUGUAAACAGAAGCCAGAAAGACAUUGAUGGGAAGAAGGACAUUAAGGCAGCUCUUCUAGCAGAAAGGAAAUUCUUUCUUUCCCACCCAGCAUAUAGGCACAUGGCAGAUCGGAUGGGAACGCCCUAUCUCCAAAAAGUUCUAAACCAGCAACUUACUAAUCAUAUUCGGGAUACCCUGCCAGCCUUCAGAAGCAAACUUCAGAAUCAGCUGCUUUCUAUAGAACAUGAAGUAGAGGUAUACAAAAACUUCAGACCAGAAGAUCCAACCAGAAAAACUAAAGCCCUGUUGCAGAUGGUGCAACAGUUUUCAGUGGACUUUGAAAAAAGGAUCGAAGGAUCAGGAGAUCAGGUUGAUACAUUAGAACUUUCAGGAGGUGCCAAAAUCAAUCGUAUUUUCCAUGAACGUUUUCCGUUUGAACUAGUAAAGAUGGAAUUCAAUGAGAAGGAACUGCGGAGAGAAAUAAGUUAUGCCAUCAAGAACAUACAUGGUAUCAGAACAGGUUUGUUCACUCCAGAUAUGGCGUUUGAAGCCAUUGUUAAGAAGCAGAUAGUCAAGCUGAAAGGACCUUGCUUAAAAAGUGUGGAUCUGGUGAUGCAAGAGUUAAUCAACACUGUCAAAAAGUGCACUAAAAAGUUGGCAACAUACCCAAGGUUGUGUGAGGAAACGGAAAGAAUUGUUGCUGGUUACAUUCGUGAAAGAGAAGAGAAGACCAAGGAUCAGGUGCUGCUGCUGAUUGAUAUUCAGGUUUCUUACAUCAACACCAACCAUGAAGACUUCAUUGGCUUUGCAAAUGCCCAACAAAGAAGCAGUCAGGUUAACAAAAGUGCAGUGGGAAAUCAGGGAACCAAUCUACCGCCUUCAAGGCAAAUUGUCAUCCGAAAAGGCUGGCUGACCAUCAACAAUAUCGGCAUCAUGAAAGGAGGAUCCAAGGAAUACUGGUUCGUUCUAACUGCAGAAAGCUUAUCCUGGUAUAAAGAUGACGAGGAAAAAGAGAAGAAGUAUAUGCUUCCUUUGGACAACUUGAAAGUGCGAGAUGUUGAAAAGAGCUUCAUGUCUAGCAAACAUAUCUUUGCAUUGUUUAACACAGAGCAGAGGAAUGUUUACAAGGAUUACCGUUUCCUUGAGCUAGCCUGUGACUCCCAAGAGGAGGUGGAUAGCUGGAAGGCAUCUCUGCUACGAGCCGGUGUCUAUCCUGAUAAAUCCUCAACUGAAAACGAUGAGAAUGGCCAAGCAGACAAUUUUUCAAUGGACCCCCAGCUGGAGAGACAGGUGGAGACAAUUCGAAAUCUUGUGGACUCCUACAUGUCGAUUAUCAACAAAUGUAUCCGCGACUUGAUACCGAAAACAAUCAUGCACCUUAUGAUCAAUAAUGUAAAAGAAUUUAUCAACGCAGAGCUCCUGGCUCACUUGUACUCUUCUGAGGACCAAAACACUCUAAUGGAGGAGUCGGCUGAACAGGCACAGAGGCGAGAUGAAAUGCUCCGCAUGUACCAAGCACUAAAGGAGGCUUUAGCAAUCAUUGGUGAUAUUAGCACUAGCACUGUCUCAACCCCUGCACCCCCUCCUGUAGAUGACUCUUGGCUUCAGCAGGCCCGCAGAUCACCUCCUCCAAGUCCCUCAACUCAAAGGAGGCCUACAUUAAGCAACCCCCCAACCAGACCUUUAUCUGGCCGAGGACCUGCUCCUGCAAUCCCAUCUCCAGGCCCUCAGUCAGGGGCUCCCCCAGUCCCGUUCCGCCCAGGACCAUUGCCUCAGUUUCCAAGUGGUGGUGAAGCUCUUGGUGGACCUCCCCAGGUUCCCUCUCGACCAACCCGGGCUCCUCCCAGUGUCCCAAGUCGAAGACCACCCCCUUCACCAACUCGGCCCACUGUAAUUCGUCCAUUAGAUUCAUCCUUGUUAGACUAAAAGAAGUUUCUGGCAUGCCAUUCAUUGUUAACCAAAUAUGUGGAAACAAAUUGCUUGGUAACUGUUGCAAUAACCACUGUAUAGUCGCAUGUAUGGACAUCCAUAGGCAAGUAACCAAUUUUACUGAUACACUCUCUGUCCAUUCUGCAUUGUUUAUGAGAUCUUAAAUGUUUUGGGAAGGUCUGUGCUGCCUUGACUGUUCCUUCUGCAAUAGCCAAUGUUAGCUAACUUACUGACAUGUCUUCACCCAGGCAACCAUGCUCAGUCCUGUACAGAAAAUGGAGGGCUUGACUUCGUGUGUGUGUGUGUUGAUUUGACCUGCUUCUUUUUUCCCUCUUCUCUGAAAGGAAUCUUGCUUUCAUUUGUACCUUUCAGGUUUUCUACUGUUUGGAAUUAUACAGUUACAUCCAUUUUCUCUUUCAAUGGCUAAACUGGGCAAAGAAAAGUGAUGUAGUCUUACCAAGCUCUUCUGAAGGCCCCACACUUUCAUGUCUGUCUUGCAAGAAGUUUGCUGGAUGGCUGCUUCUCCUAUAAUUUCUCAUUAUCCAAAGUCUAGUUUUUAAGGAGUGGUGUUAAACAAGAAUUGUGUGUAUGGGACAAUGUAUGUUUUACUUUAUUUCCGCCUUGGCAGCUGACAUGCAACAUAGAUCGGGUGGUUAAUAAUGGCCAGGCUGUGGUGUCGCAGCAAAGACAUGAAAGGGCAUUUUGAAGAACCAGUACAUGACAGAGCAGCGUGUGCCAGCUCGCUUUGUCCUCUGCUAGUGCUUGCUCACAUUUGUACUCCCACUGAACUCAUGGGAAGCCUUGGGGGUGUGUGUAUGAAAUAUGUAUAAAUGUACUGCACUGCAAAUCCAGAGAACUGAGCGUUGCUUUUGGUCAUUUUGUGAAACAGAAGGAGAUACAGACACUGAUAUGAUAUGAUAUGAUACAUGAUAUAACACAGCACAGCUGUAUACAGGCUACUGCUCCUCUGCCCAGUGUGUGAGCCCAUUCACAGGGCUACAGCCUAGAUUUGCAUCUGAGUUUUCCAAGGGUCUGGUUUGGAUUUGAGAUAUUGCUCGCAGCAGUUGGUAAAGUUCCACUAUGCCCCCUAUAUAAAGAUUUUCUCUUUGCAUCACUUGAAGUCUUGCACACCUCAGAUUUGGGUCACUUCAUCCAUAUAGGUACUAGAACUGCUUAGCUGUGCAUCCUGGCAAUGGAUUAUUUUAGCAGAUGUUCACUUGCAGAGGUCCUCUCUGCCUGUUGUUUUGCAUGUUAUAUAUUAAUGCAUUAUAAAAACCUUUUGUCUUAACUGCAUUACUUCACUUUAAACAGUUAGGGUCAGUGUCACCCUUACAGCUCAAAACUUACUGAGUUAACAAAAUUAAAACUAGAGAUUAACUGGGCCUUGUCUCUUCAGAAAAUAAUUAAUUGCUGUUAUUACUGUUAUGGUUACAGAUCCCUAGGCAAAGCAAUUGGUGGUUUCAAAGGCCCCCAGUAUAAUCAGUCUAAUAAAAUUAUUUAUUGAGACUGCAGGUAGGGCUCCAGUAUGCUGUAGCCCCAUGGUUAGGAAGAAUCUAAUCAAAGACCCACAGUGAAUGGGGAUUUAGCCUACUUAGUAUUCCCAGACUGCUGAUUAGCUGUGCUCACCACUGAAGCAAAUCAUGUUUCAGCUUGAGUAAGAGAGAUGAGCUUGGGAAAACAUCAUGAUUUGUAUGUUAGCUUAAAUUUAAUUUCCUGUCAAGCUCAUACUUGUAACAUUCGUCUGGGGAGUCUAGAGGUCAAUAUAUGAAACAUAGUGAAGAUGGAGUUUUGUCAGAGCACCGGCAUUUUGAUGAUCUCAGAAGACUGCUUAAGUGGCUUGUGUUUGUUUGGAGAACAGACCCACAUCACCAACACCCAAUCACACAGAAUCAGCUUUCAAAGAAAGAAAGGUUGCAAACCCAACUACAGUUGCAAACCUAUUGACUUUUACUACCAAA